AUGAGCACUGCUGUCACCAGAUGUAAGCAACAUGUGAGUUUGGAGCACCACGUCACCAGAUACAGUUAUGAGACCCCCAAGGGCUUGGCGAACACCGAGGCACGGCGACAGAUCACAGCCUCUCGACAAGGGUGGGGACUCCCUUGUCGUCCCCCGAGAGGAGUCGUGUGCCCCACCGGCUUCGGCACACGGACAAAGCGUUGUUCAAUCGUUAAAAGCUUAACUGGCAACGGUGAGGCCCCUGCACACGGCACGCAGCUGGCUGUCUUACGUCAAUAUAAACAUUGUACACGUGGUGUCCGACACAGAAGCUCAACUAGCAGUACAUCCAUUUCGUGUGAUCGUGCUCAACUCGCAUUGAAUUUCACUCAAGAUGCCUGGUCCCUGCUGCAUGAUAAAUGCGAGUGCGCCGAGGGAGGCUGCAAGACAGGAUGCGUGUGCAAGAGCUGUCGCUGUGAACCCUGUGAGAAAUGCACAACGGGGUGUUCUUGUCCCUCGAAGGAGGACUGUGCCAAGACUUGCCCCAAGCCAUGCAAGUGUUGUCCAUAGGCUAAGCGCCUCAUGGCUGCCUGCAUGACGAUCUCUCUCGUGCGGCGGAGUGAGCAGGAGGAGAGGGAGAAGACUGAAGAUUGGGACCAGUCGUGUAUUUUGUUAUAGGUUAAGAACUCUACUUCUAUAGUUUAUAUUGAUUUCUGACAUAAAUUAUUCUGUUAAUGAUCUCUUAUUUUUUCUAAUUUAACGGAGAGACUCCCCUUUUAUUUUUAUUAAAUAAAUAAAGAGUCAAACUAGAAUUUUAUUUUCCUAAAUACAUGCAAGUCCUGUGUCCUCAAAGGAUAA